GGUCUGGUCUGGGCCGGGGCAGUUGGUUUGUGAACCAGAUGGGUUGGUUGGAUGGUCGGAGUUGAGAGGACAUGGCAUCUUGACUGUCUGGGACUGUGGUUUCCCAUCUGCUUUCUCCGUUCGAGAUGUGUGUAUGUCUGUGUGUCUUGUUCAUCCGAUGCAGCUUGCCUGAGGCCAAUGCGGGGCAGAUCGAGGCUCGUUCUGGCCGAACUGGCGGCGCGUCGAAGAACCAAAGCGCUUCAGCUUCCCCCCGUCGGCGCUUCCCAAUCUUGCUUGCUUCUUGCUUCUUGCUUCCUGCUUCCUGCUUCCUGCUCCAUGCUUCAUGCAGGUCGGUAGUAGAUUCCAGUCCUGCUAGUCUGCUGCUAGCCUCCUGCUGCCAAAUCCCUUCCCCUUCCCCUUCCCCGCUCCCUUGUCCUCUUCUCUUCUGCUUGGUUCACGAGCAGCCGCAUGUUGGAACGCGAAAGACGGAUGAAGUGAAAGAUGCACGUAUGCCCAACACAGUGCCAAAGGGAAAGCAACGAAUCAUGGCUCCUUGGCCAGCGGAAAUGGCCUGGGUCGAGUCUACCUCCCUACCCCUUCCCUCUUCGCUGGCAACUUGUGUCUCCCGCAGAGAGAAUCUUGGUGCACAAGCCAUCCCUGCUGAAGGUUUGGUUUACCGCGCCGGAUGAUAGUGACAGCCUCCAGGAAAGCUCUGGCCACACCCUGCACUCGACUCUGCAGCUCCCUCCCCACCCCCUGU